CUCUCUAAUAUUAUUAAUCAUGGGUGAUAAAAGUUUUUGAUUAGAGGAGAAGGAACAGGAUGGGGGGUUUAGGCUGAAGUUAUUGCAAGUAGGGGAGAAUGGAGGUGAGGAAUUGAGAAGUAGCUUGUUGUCUCCAAAUAUGUUGUUCAGCACUGACAAAGCAGAUACGGAAAAGACUAACAGGAAAUAAUUCAAGGAUCAGGAAGGUCUCUCACUUGAUAAGUUCUACGAGUAAAGAGAACAAGAAUAUGAGUUAUCAAGAAUUGAGGGACCUGGUCAGCCAGAUUCAACUCUUUAAAGACAAAUCUGUCAUUAAGAAGGAAGAAGACAGGCAGGACCUUAUAGAUGAGAUCUGAGGAAUUAUCAAGUUCGAGGAGUUCACACAGGGUAAAAGAGUCUUUAGAUUUGGAGAUUAUGGUGAUAAGUUCUAUAUUAUUUGUAAAGGGACUGUCUCAGUCCAUAUUCCUAUCAAAGUUAGUGCCGAGACAAUAGAAUCUUCUCCUGCUAAGAAAUAAAUUAAUCGAAGUAGCCCAACUACAGAAAGGGCAAUGUUUCGGAGACAUGGCUCUCAUCGAUUACAAGCCGAGAUCAGCUACUAUAAAAUGCAUUACCGACUGCUUCUUCGCAGUUGUUUCCAAGCAGGACUAUAAAUAAGAUUGUUGGGAAACUGUACAAGAAGAUCAGGGAAAGAAUUCAUAACCUGAUUAGAGGCGUUCCUUACUUUGCUGAUCUCAAGAUGAAUGAUUUAAAAUAAGCUCAGUGCUUAUUUUGAAGAGAUAGAAUACAUUCGAAACAACACUAUAAUCAAGCAAAAUGAACAGGCCGACAAUGUAUAUUUAGUAAAGGAGGGAGAAUUUGAAGUUCUGAAGCUUAUAAAUUACACUCAGCCGAGGAAUACUAGUAAUGACAAAAUACUUCACAAAUCAAAACUAAAAUAUCAAUUAGCGAAGGUGGGUCAGUUAGGAGUUGGCAAAAUAUUUGGAGAUCAGGAUGCUGUAUGCGGGAGACCAUAUUCGUUUACCAUAAAAUGACACUCAACAACUGGGACAUGCCUCCAAAUUAAAACCCAUCAGCUGAUAAAAGCCAUUGAGGAGAUUGAUGAAGAGAUUCUAGAAGUCAUCAAAUCUUGGGCUGAGAACGAGAAGCAAGGCCUUACUCGCUAUCUGAAUAAAAAUAGAGAAUUUGAAGAUAACUCAAAGUUCAUCAAUAAAUUUAAAAAUCAUCUAGAUAAAAUUGAGGAAAUGAAGAGGGAGAAUGAAAGCCCGCUACAGAAAAGAAUAGCGCAGAGGAACAUGGAGGAUCAGCAGCUAAGGUCUCGAGAUGAUUCACAACCAUCACCAAAGAAGACUGUCCCAUAUGUGAAGGUCAGCUCAAUAAAUUUUCAGAGUAAUAAAGAUAUCUCACAUACGAGUCAUUUUAAAAGAGACACAUUGGUCAUUAAUGAUGAUGAUAUCUCCAUGAAGUUGAACAAGAGCAAGAGAGUUGACUUUUCAGGCACAUCCUUGAAUACCAAAACUACUUCAUUUAACCAGAAGAGAGACACUAUUAAUAUGAGGCCUAGCUUAGUCAUGAGUCAGAUCAAUAAAGAAAUGCCUUCAGAGCUGAGGUCGAAGAUCAGAAAAUUGAACACUACUACUAAAAGCUUUAUUGAAGAUUCUAAGAUUCUGAAAUGUAAGAAGUCAUUCAAGGCAAAAAUGAAGAACGUGAAGACAAGGUUAGGUUUUCGUAGUCCCAAACUACGCUAUCCACGUGAAAUGUACAACAACUCUGUUGUAAAGAACUAUCUUAUAAACAACUUUAAUGAUAAGAACAACUUUGCUAGUUUUGACUCUGAUAGAGCAAUGGCAAAACUAGCAACAACUAUCAACUCGAUAAAGUCAGCAAGGAUGACUGGGGAUAUAAUGCUCAAGAUUGCCAAGCGUCAAAAACUCAUGUCUUCAUCUCCCAAGAAGGAAGAUUCAAGAGAGUUUAAAAAUAUCAGCAUAAAGUCUCAAAGAGUAGCAUUUAGUAAAAGAUGCAAGAAGAAGACUAACAAACUAGGAAUGUUCCCUGAUCCUUCGAGACAAAGGAAUAGAUCUCCUAACUUCUCAUCAGGUUUUGUAGAAUCAGUGUCAUUUAAUAUAAAACCCAAAAAUCUUCGGAGGCAGAUUAAGCGCAAUGAGGCUCUGAAGAACAAAUUCCAUUUUUCAAAGAAGAUCAUAAAGUCUAAUAGUCCAGAGAGGUCGAAUGAGGACACUCUAGUUCCAAUCAGCCUCCAAGUCUGGCCGGAGCUAAAGAGCCCUACUUCCUUUACAAGCAUAUAA